GAUAGUACGGAUCAGGCCAGGUCGACGACCAGCUGCCCAAAUUCGCCUGCGCAUCCUGGUCUCCCGUCCCCGCACGCACACGCACCUACCAUUCCCGGCUCCCGGCACGGCCGCGCCCGAGAGCGACGCCCGCCACCCACCCACCCCGCCGCCGCCGCCGCCGCCUCGAUUCAUCUGGCAAUCGAGGGGACUCCCAGAUACAGAUACACCACGCCACGCCAAAUCGAACAACACCUAUCAUAAUCACAUAUUCGUCCAUCUCCCAGUCCCACCCUCCUCCUCCUCCCUCGUCGCCAACCUCCAACCCCCCCGCGCCGAUCGCGUCGGAGAUGCUGGGCGUCGCGCGGAGGCGGCUCGGAUCCGGAUGCGUCAGUGCUUCUCCCGCCACCGGGUGCUCUCCCAGCUGGCGCAGGCCCUCCGCCCCGCCGCCGCCGCUCCCGCCAGGACCUACUCCGCCGCCGCCAAGGAGAUAACUGUACGGGAAGCAUUGAAUACCGCAUUAGAUGAAGAAAUGUCGGCAGACCCUUCUGUUUUCUUGAUGGGAGAAGAGGUUGGUGAGUACCAAGGCGCAUACAAGAUAUCUAAGGGUUUGCUUGACAAGUAUGGCCCUGAUAGGGUUCUCGAUACUCCGAUCACUGAGGCUGGCUUCACUGGCAUUGGUGUUGGCGCCGCCUACCAUGGUCUUCGACCUAUAGUAGAGUUCAUGACAUUUAACUUUUCGAUGCAGGCAAUUGAUCACAUAAUUAAUUCAGCUGCCAAGUCGAACUACAUGUCAGCUGGCCAGAUAUCUGUACCUAUUGUCUUCAGGGGUCCAAAUGGUGCUGCUGCUGGAGUCGGUGCCCAACACUCGCAGUGCUAUGCAGCUUGGUAUGCACAUGUUCCCGGAUUGAAAGUUCUAGCUCCAUAUUCUGCAGAAGAUGCUCGAGGUUUGCUAAAAGCGGCAAUCAGGGAUCCAGAUCCUGUUGUGUUCCUUGAAAAUGAACUUCUUUAUGGUGAAUCGUUUCCUGUUUCUGCUGAGGUACUUGAUUCUAGCUUCUGCCUUCCGAUUGGCAAGGCUAAGAUAGAGCGACAGGGUAAAGAUGUCACUAUCACUGCAUUCUCCAAGAUGGUCGGAUAUGCUCUUCAGGCUGCCGAUAUACUGGCCAAGGAAGGUAUCAGUGCUGAGGUAAUCAAUCUUCGCUCGAUUAGACCGCUGGAUAGAGCUGCUAUUAAUGCAUCUGUGAGGAAAACCAAUAGAUUGGUAACCGUAGAAGAAGGUUUCCCUCAACAUGGGAUUGGUGCUGAAAUAUGCAUGUCUGUUGUAGAGGACAGCUUUGAGUAUCUUGAUGCACCAGUUGAGAGGAUUGCUGGAGCUGAUGUCCCCAUGCCGUACGCUGCCAACCUUGAGAGGAUGGCUGUUCCACAGGUGGAUGACAUCGUCCGGGCAGCCAAGCGUGCUUGCUACAGAGCUGCAGUACCGAUGGCAGCAACAGCCUAAUUCACACAGAACCCUGCCUGUUGCAUUUCUUUGUCUAAUGUCCAUACUCCAGAAAGACAAAUGUUCCAUAAUGGUAUGACGAGUACCCACUGCCGCUGCAACUCAACUAGCAUGAGCUGAUUUUGUAGAGCCACCAAGAGGUGUCCAGUACUCCAGUCCCGUUGUCUUCGCCGCCGCAGCCGGAUGGCUGCGCAUUACUCUGCGUCUGUUUAUGGUUCACGAAUGAUUGCAGCCUCUGGAGAUGAAGUUUUUUACAUGAGGCGAGGUGGUGUGUCAAUAACAUGUAGUAUUCGGAAGUGGGACUCUCAAGAGGUCCCCAAAUAGUGGUUCUGGUUGCGCCUUUUCUUGAUAACGUCUUUUCUAUGCUA